AUGUCCGCCGCUACCGCAGAACCAAGCCCAUCCGAGGCACCGACCUCGAGCUUGGCCCCGGCCCCGGGACCCCCCGCGGCAACCCUUCUGCCCCCUCGUCCCAAGUCUCCGGUCCAGCAAAGCCCUACCCCUGCCGCCCCCGCCGCUGCGGCUGCCGACCAUCCUCGUCCUUCCCCAGACUUCAAGCUUCCCAAGCUCCGCCUCGAGGUUCGAGAUCUCAACGACCCGGCCGCCGUUCGCUUUCUCUCCGCCGUGAAUGCCGGCAACGCCCUUGCCACCGCCGUCCGCUCCGUCCUGACCCUGCUCUACGAGUCUCCCUCGUGCCACACCACUCACGUUCCGUCAACCCGUUCCGUCACCCUCAUUCUCCGCCAUAUGGACGGCGUCGCCUACACUACGGGCUCUGAUCUUGAUGAUGACCACAAAGAGAUCCACUUCUCCUUGUCUUACAUCGCCAGCAUCGCCGCCGAGCGCCGCACCGACGAGAUCAUGGGUGUUCUCACCCAUGAGAUGGUCCACUGCUUCCAGUACAACGCCCAUGGCACCUGCCCCGGUGGGCUAAUCGAGGGCAUUGCCGACUGGGUCCGUCUCAACGCACACCUGAGCCCGCCUCACUGGAAGCGCGAUGCGAGUGGCAACUGGGACGGCGGGUACCAGCACACGGGCUACUUUCUCGACUACCUCGAGAGUCGCUUUGGCGCUGGCACGGUAAGGAGGAUAAACGAGAAGCUUCGCAUCCACUUGUACAAGGAAAAGGAGUUCUGGACAGAGCUGCUGGGCAGGCCUGUUGAGCAGCUUUGGAAAGAUUACGGUAACAAGAUGAAGGAUGACGAGGCGGUUAUCGUCAACAAGGAUGAUAUAUCCGACGACGAUGUCAGACUGGACAGGAUCAGGGCUGCUGAUGAAAAACUUGUUCCUGUGUGA